UAAUUUUGCAAAUCAGCCAUUUUUGUGACUUUAAUCCUACUCUAUCCCCAUAUGGCCUAAUUUAGUUAAUUAAAAGGAAAUUAGGUCUUUUAUAAGGAAUGUAAUUUUGCAAGUGAAGGAAGUCCUGGAAUUAAAUUUAUGUAUAAAGGCGAAAUAAAAUUUGAGAGAGAGCUGGAAAAAUAUCCAAUCCAGAAGAUAGACCUUAAGAGAAAGAGGAUUGAGUGGAAUUUAAUAUAAAUAAGAGGAAAACUUAGUAUAGAAUAAAAUGUAGAAGUAAGGAAAUUUCAACAAAAAAGCAAGGAAAUCACUUUCCUAUAUAAAUUAACUGUAGUACGCAUGCGUAGACGCAGAAAAUAUUUAAUUUCCAACAAUAUGGCGUCUGCAAGGGAAGAUUUUGCAAAUUUGGAUCAAUUUCAAAUCAAUGACAAGCCUCUUACAAAGCUAAAAGUAGACGAAUUAAAGCAGGAAUCUAGAGGAUUGGAGAAAUCAGGGCUAAAAAAAGAAUUGCAGGAGCGGCUUUGUGAGGUGAGAAAUUUAUAAAAUUUUGAAGGUUGAAGACUUGAAGUAAAAAAUUUUGAAUGCAUUGUUAGAUUGGGUAAAACAGGUGGCUGGUGUCAAGUUUUUUUUAACAUAUCAUUGUUUUUUAUUUUAGGCCCUUGUGAAAGAGAGAACUAAAGCAGAGAAUAGCAGUAUGUUCAAUGCAUUUUAUAUAUUUCACUUAUUUCACUGUUUCAAAAACUUUUUACAACUGUAUAUUAAACAAUCCCAAGCUUGGUUCAAGGAUCGAACUAUCUGAAAAAUAUAAAAAGUACUUGGACAUUAUCACCUUAUCAGCAUUGUUGUUUCAACAUCGGUUUUCGCCUUUUGGGGACUUUCAGUAUGACAACGCGGCUGUCAACGCCAGGGUGCAUUCCAUGUAUUAAAACUCUACGCCGAAGAUAUGCCAAUAUUAAAUUAACUAUAGAUAGUAUUGUAGUUUGCCAAACUCACGCUGAAGAUCUUCGGCAUAUUGCACUUAAAAUGCACCCUGGUGACAAGGUCACAAUAACCUUGACAACAACCUAUUUGCAAGUCAAUUUUUGAUAUCUGCUCAUUCAAAUGUUUGACAUAGUAAUACAUAUUGACAAAAUAUGGAGUAUUUACCAGCUGUUAUUUUGUUUUGCAUGCAGUGUUUCCACUUUUUCCUAAAUUUCCUUCAAAUUUGCAAAUACAUUUCCCCCUCUAAAUCGGACCCUGCAAAAUACAUAGACACAGGGCUGCCAAGAGGGGGAGGGCGAGGAGCACUUUGUUCCGGGCGCCCAGCUCAACAAGGGUCACCAAAGCAACGAAGGCCCUUAAAAUUGCUUGAUCAAGAUUGCUCAACUGAGAAUAUAAAUUCUAGCUGUGUUAGUAUUGGAUAAUGUGUAUUAAUAAGGUGUAAUAUAUUAUACAACACCACUUCUCCUUGUUUACAAUUAUGAUGUCAUAAGAGCCCCCUAAGUGGAACGUUUUGUCCUGCUGGACAGCUGGUCCUGUGUAACCUCUCGACAGCCCUACUUAGACAUCACAGUAUGACAUCUUUUUCUUGAUAUCCAAGAUUCUCCUGAGGAGAAACCUAGUAUGAACAGUGACGAAACAUCAAGCCAGGAAGUGUCAUCAACUACUACAGAUAUCAAGGAGAUGCCAUCAAUUACAGAUACCCAGGACAGUAAUGGCCAAGAUGAGGCACAAGCAACAGAAGAUAAGAUAGAUUCAGUGGGAAACAAGGAUGAGAAGGCAGGUUUAAGUUGCAUUGUGCCAUGAUGCACCUGCUUUAUUAUUUUACUCUGCCUAACACCAGGCAAUUUUUCACGGCCUAAUGCCAGACGAUUUUACUCUGUCUAAUGCCAGAUGAUUUUACUCUUUCUAAUGCCAGACAAUUCAUUAUGUCCAAUGCCAAACAAAUUUACUCUGUCUAAUGCCAGACAAUUUACUUUGUCUAAUGCCAGAUGAUUUUACUCUGACUAAUGCCAGACCAUUUUACUUGUGAAGGGAAGAGCACUGAUACUCAAUGGGUUAGUUAGAGGUAUUUUGUCACAAAAAACCUCUCACCUUUUCCUCUAGACCUCAUUUCUGUAUUAAAUGAUCUUUGGUCUAAGCUGUUGUGGUAUAUCAAUAUACCGAUAAUUAUUGUUUUUUUAUAAAUACCGAUUACUCGAUAUUGAAAUUUUUGAUAUAUCAGAACAUCGAUAUUUUUCGGUAUUAUCGAUAUCACGUUUACGUUUGUAUAUUUAAACGUCAUCUCAAGCUUUUUCAAGCGCUGAUUAGAGUUAUUUCAGAAGGACAAAGACGAUCAAUGUGUUAACUCCGCGGUAAAAUCCGUAAAUUAAAGUUAUAGAGCGAGAGCUAAAACGUGUUUUUUUUUGUAUGUUGGCGUUGCAAGGUGUAAUAUGUCAUUUCGCGCUUGCCAAAAAAAUGAACUUUUAGAACGUAAACAACGGUGGAUUACAAAUGUUUUAGAAAAACAAAAACUAACCUCAUUGGACAUUGUUUAUCUGGUGAGAUACUAGGACGACCUUUGUUUCAAAUUCGCAGUUGAAUAAAAUGUUUUGAAACAAUUUCCCAGUCAAAAAUAUCACACAUGAUUCAUCCGGUGCGGUAAUCAAUGCUAAUAAGUAAUAUGCAUUUUCAAUUCUUAAUGCGGACAUUUCACAGGCUACUGACCUCACACUUUAUACUGACAUUUCACAGGUCUACUGACCUCAAAUAUCAUGCACCCGAUGAGUCAAAGCUGUUAUAUUGUGACUGUUUGGCAUAAUUUGAAAACAGAACAUAAAAUUAAGCAAAAUACGAUCGCGAAAAAAUAUUGGUAUUAUCGGUAUUUUUUUUCCGUUAUCGGUUUUCUUCAAAUACCGCAACAGCUUACUUUGGUUUCCAUUACUCUGUGUGCCAGAGGUUUAUCCAUGCUUGCAAAAGAAAACCCUCGGGGACUGGCUCACAUUGCACCCAGGGUAGCCUUGCAUUGUACCUAAUCUAAUGUGAAUUGUUAAUUUAAUUUGUCUGAAUUUUAGAAAUCUAGUGAAGCUGAAACAACAGAUAAUAAAAAGAAUGAAACAGAAGAAUUGGAAGAUGGUGAAAUUGUUGGUCAAGAAGAUGAGAAGAAGGUUAGCAUAAAGCCUAGAUAAUGUUACAUAGUGUGAAUUAGUGGCUUGUACUUUGUAAUCUGAGAAGCAUUUCUUACACUAUGCAAAGCCAAGAGACAGGCACAGAUUUUCUGGUUGAGCACCCCAAAAUGAUUACCCCCCAAAGGCAUUUGGCACCCCCGCAAAUUACAUAUAUUUUGAUUUGAUAGUUUCAUAUUUGAUUAUUCUUACUACUAAAUUUGUAAUAUUACCAAUAUUAUGGUCUCAGAUCUCGCCGUGCAGGCCUAGAAAACAAAUUUUGUUAAACUUUUUCCUUGGCCUUUCCGGGCGUUGCCACCAUGCCCCGGCCAAAGCAAGCAGCUACACCCCCCAGAUAUUUAUCCACACACCCCCGAACGAAAAUAUGAAAAUCCGUCUCUGCCAAGAGAUAUAUAAUUAAACAACAUUCCCACCCAGUUCAAGCUAGCACAGCGAUUUUCACUUUUUGUAACGUUGACAAUCACCAGUUAUUUCUCGAAGUUAUAAACCAUGAGAAAUAUUUCCUUCUUACCACAAAUGGAAAUAUAAAGGGAAACGUUUCUUGCUUUCUAUGACAUAAAUUUACACCAUGGAUUAUCUCUCAAAAUUACUCCAAAAUGGAGAGGAUCUAAAUUUCAAAAUCUUCAUGGGAGACACCCUCUUCCCACCACAUGCUUCUUUCAAAAAUCCUCCUCAAAAUUCUGUUGGGAACCCUCAUGAUUAAAUGGUGACAAAAAUAUAUUUCAACCUGAAUUUUGAUGCAUUGUAUAGAAACCUGCUGUUCCAGAAAAGAGAAGACGGAUAUCAUUGAUAAGACAAUCAAGUCAGUGGUCUAAUGGUGUUUGAAAAUUUAUUUAAGUACUGUCUAAUACCAAUAUGGUAUAUAUAUCGUUGUUUGAAAUGCAGGUAAUAAUCCACCGACUCCUGGAACCAGGAAACGAAAAUGGAGUUCAAACAAACCAAAAUCUUCAGUUGUUAUAACCACAGAUUCACUCAAGGUAGGAUGGAAACUGUGAUGGAGUUAGAGAAUGCUAAGUAUCUAGCACUAUAUAACUUACACUACAUCAAAGAGGUGUGUAGUUAGAAUCAAAGUCCUCACUUGAAGUAGUGAUUCUGCAGGGGGGGGAGGUGGUGACUGGGGGUAUACAAAUCCGCCGAUCCACCUAAUAUUGUGUUAAAACACAACAUGUAUCUUAUCAUUGUAUCAACAUGCAAUGUUAAAGUGUGUAUGUUCUCAACAAUCUGUUUAACACAAUAGACAACUUGCAUGUUAGACUAAUUUUUGAUUUAGGCAAAAAAAAGUAAAUUCCCGUAAAGAACUUAUUAAAAUGAGUAACAUUGCAAAAUUUGGUUGCGAAAUGUUGUAAAAUACAGAAAAUAUAGCUUUGCGAAGUUUGCAUAUUUUCAGUAUAAUUAUUUAUAUUACGUGCAGAAAAUGUUACCAUUUUUGAGCCGAAAAUGGUAACAAUUUCCGCAUGUAAUACAAAUAUACUGAAAAUAUGCAAACUUCGCGAGGCUAUAUUUCCUGUAUUUUACAACAUUUCGCAACCAAAUUUUGCAAUUUUACUAAUAUCAUUAUGUUCUUUUUAACUGUUGUGUUUUAUUUCCUUCUCUUUACUUAGAUUAAAAUUUAGUCUAACAUGCAAGUUGUCCAUUGAAAAUACGGAUAAUUCUACCAUUUCCCCCGAUAAGGAAAAUUUCAGCCCAAUAUCGAUUAUUAGUCAAUCACUACUUAUGAUACUUAUGCUAACACUGUGUGAAUUCUUUUUAGGAACUGAUCCCUGGUGUUCAGCUAGCGUCAACGCCCGCACUCGAAGCUGUGAUGGAACUGGAUGAUGAUAAAGAUGACGAAGAGGAAGGAAAAGGUGAAAAACAGGGAGAAGAGAAAGAACAGCGGAAUGAAAAAACUUCCAAUAAUAAACUGGAGGAAAAAUCUCCAUGUGAGUAUGACAUGCAUGGUUGGUUUGUAAACCAGAAACUGCUGAAAUGGUUGCAAAAUGUUGUAAAACUUGGAAAAUUUAAUAAGUUUUUGAUCUAGGCAAAAAAGGUAAAUUCCCGUAAAGAAUGGAAAGUAUAGCCUUGAAAAGUUUGCAUAUUUUGUAUGUUUGCAUUGUGUGCGGAAGUUGUUACAAUUUUUGAGCUGAAAAUGGUAACAAUUUCCCCAUGUACUGGUAAUACAAACAUAUACAGUACAAAAUAGCAAGUUGUCUAUUGCAAAUGAAAUGCAACUUUAUUACCUAGAUAAGAGAAGAAUUGUGCAAGUCGCAGAUUCCAAGACUGUGACGUUAGGCCAGGUUGUGAAUGAAGCUGAGCCUGACAAAGAACAGAAUGAUGUUACCAUUGCUGAGCCUACCCAGCCCAGAGUUGAUACACCUACAGGUAUGGUUAUUGAUGUCUUUUAAGGUACUUAAAACUUAACCUGAGUGUGGUAUUGAUGCUUCAAUGAGAUUCAUCAAGAGAGCAGUGUUAUCUGUGUUAUCAUGAAAGUGCAUAUUCAUUAAAGUCCUCAUAAUUCUCAUAUGACAUUUGUUUCCCAACAAAGUUUAAAAGUUCAUCUUGGAAUAAGAAAAUUCAUUUUAACAAACAGCAAAAAUAAGUCCUUUUUAACACAAAACUCAGACAUGAAUACAUGACAAUGAUAAUUAAAGACAAGUAGCAAAACUCUGCUAAAAUUUACUAAAAACAACUGGACAAGCUGAGUAUUGCAUAAUAUUAAUAUUUUAUAAAGGUUUUACAAGUUUUGAAAAUAUAAAUUCAUCUAGUUACAGUAUCUGCAUCUUAAUGAUCUACUUUAAAUAUUUCAUAAGAACAGCAGAUAAACAAAAUACUUCAGUUUUCAAACAGUCAUUGCCUGCACUGUCUAGAUAACACUGCUCUUCUAAAACCAACGCAAAUAGAGCAGGUUAACUAGUUUUGUAUAAUUCCUUCAGAAAUUUAUACUAGGCUUGUUAUUGCCAUGAUUGGGUGUGUUUUCUUGACAACUUGCUGGCAAAAAAAUUCCCCUCUGGAUGACAGAGGUUCAAAAAUCUUUGGCUAUUACAAAAUUGUCCUAAUGGAGUACACAAUUAUCCUAAUGGGCCUGGGUAGCUCGGUAGUUGUCCGGUGUUGGCUGCAUGCAUAAAGAUGUGUUUGACUGUUUGGGUUAAUGAACUGAUUAUAACGUGGAAUUCUGAUGGGUGUAUAUGUGAAGACCGGUUUGUUGGUCUGGAUUUGUGGAAACGACCGAAAUGAACUGUGUUGUAAUUGCUGUGCUACAGUGCAUUGUUGACAGUUGCAUCAUUUGUGAGACAAGAACAAUUUCACACUACCAAAAUACAAAAUCGAACUAUAAUUCUAAAGACGUAUUUGUCCUAACUGUUGGGGGUGAAUGAACUGAUUAUGACGUGCUAUUCUGAUGACUGUCUCGAAACAUUGUUUGGAGCUGCUGAGAAAGACAGGAUAGAACAUUCUGAACGUACUGUGCAACGUACUGCUGUCGCAUUAUUGUGCCUGUUAUCGGGAAAUAUACGUGAUCCAUGAGCACCAUUCUGACUAAGUGAAAGAUCGAAUUGUUCAAUGUGUGAAGACUGACCGCAAUAACAAUGUAACGCGGAAAUAAAAAAAAGUAAAAGAAAACACCGAACGAAGUAUGAACUGUCCACAAAAAAAUGAGUUGUCCAAAUAUAACAAGAAAAUGUACUUCUACUGAAAAUCAUGGUCUGUUUGCCUCUUGUUAUGUCUUACUGAAAAGCUUUUUCAUCUGUGAAAAAGAACAUGUUUAUGAAAAAUGCGGAUUGCAUCAACUUUACGUAGAACAGUAUAUGUGGAACAGUUACAACUCAAAUAUGCAAUAUUCCUUAUCCAAGCUUCAGUUGGGGAAUUAAUGGACUUUUAUUUUGAAACGCUCCUGGUUCUGUGUACAAUGUGGAUUACGUGAUCUGAAUUCGAUCGUUUCGAAAAUAAUAUUGACUUGAAUGCAAAACAUUAUGGUGUCGUACGGAAAAUUGUAUCGAACUGUACCAAAGACGUUCCAGUGAUGAAACCAUUUUUUACUGACUUCGGACGAAAGGUGCGAAAGGUGGACGUCUGACGCUAAUAUAUACACUCUGGAAUCGGUACUAGGUUAAAAGAAACGGAAAUGAACUUUCUGUAUAUAUGCGAGUGAGUGAACUUCAUUUUUAUGCAAACACUCGUUCAUAUUUUCGACGUCGUAGGGUGUUAAUGGUUGACACUUCAUGGACUUGAACGACACCCAACAAUCACAUGAGACUAUUCAAUGACCAAAUCCCUGGAUCCAUUUCUUUCCAUGCUGUUUGUGGUACGAGUUACAUGGUUAAAAAGAAAUGGUAACCACAUCUUUGGUUACAACAAAACAAACUGGCCAAUGAAUAAAGUUUGAAGUACAUGGUACUGCAGAACAAUACUUCCACGACAAUUGACGAGACACAAUGAAAUAUUGACGUUCAAGGUACCUGCCGCUGAGGGACAGAAGAAAAUAUGUCUUGCAGUAAAAGAUCAGAAUUAGUUUUGAUGUUUACAGUUUUCGACAAAUUUUUCCUAAAUUCAGUCGGUAUAUUUUAUAUUUAGUAAGUUUUAUAUAUUUGGCUAACACAUUAAUUUGCAGCAUUGAAAUUGUUGAUAUACUCCGGUGAGUCUUGUUUUCAUGACAUUGGUCAAUUAUUUCAUGUGUGAGUCCUUUCUGGAUGUUUGCAUGGCGAUGAUAUAAUAUUUGUUUUGGUUUCUGGAAAACACCACGUAUUAUAAUUUUCGCAAAGUUUUCUAUUCGUAAGCUCGAAUGAUAUCCGCUUUUAUUUCGUGUACGCCUAUAAAGCAUUGUUCUUUUUCUAAGCCCGUUUCCAAUGGUAAUGUUUAAUGGGAAUAAACAACAGGCAUACAUGAAUAAGUGCCAUAUUUUGAGAUAGAGAGGCAACUAUGAAAUCGUCGACAUAAGUCCGGGACUGGUCCUGUCGAAUUAGCAACUCAUUGUAGUUAAAUACUUUAAAAUAUGCAAUUCGCAAAGCCGUACGCACCGGUUGGAGGGGGAGCAGCAGGUGCAACUGCCUCCCUCCCUCCCCCUGAGAAUAUUUAACUUAGUAAUCUCAUAAUAUGUUUAUAAAUUAUUAAGCCAAAUGGCGCUUAUAACAUUGUCAAUCAAAAUGUAUGAUUCUGUAUGGGAUGACCAUGGUUGUUUACCAUUUACAUGGAAAACCCAUCCGGUUUGAAAUUGUGCUAAUGGUAAGCAAACUUUCGGAUAGCAAAAUAGCAAAUCCCAUUCGGAUUAUGCGCUUUCCAUUUCGAGUGACUGACCGGAAGGCACUGAAUUAUUUAAUAAUUCCAAUUGUUUAAUCGAGAAGAGCCUGAAACUGGUGAAAAAAUAAAAAAGAUGUAAAUGGAACAAAAUUUACCGGUUGAAACGUUCCAAUCGGUAAGAGAGGACAACCUUUUCAAACAAACCGUUCAUUCCGGAAAAGUUCCGGUUGGGCAGUCGAAAUAUGCUCGUUCCAUUUACUUUCCGUAUGGAAUCACCGGAAUUUCCAUGUAAAUGGUAAACAACCCAUAAGCAUGCAUCUAACUGAUAUGUCUUUGAAUGCAUUGACAUUUGGAUACUUAUUUCAGCAUGUAGGCAUCACUGCCCCUCUGGUGAAAAAAUCCUGCGUACGGCCCAGGGAAUUGGGAACUAUCGCACUAGCUUCAGUUAACUAUACCUACCUUUUUUGGAACAUGCUUCUGUUGACUUUAUGUUGCUCUACGUCAUAGGUGCAGGUAGUCAUGACGACAACCAAUCAUUAGCAACCCCGCCAUCCUCAGAGACCGCAACCCCUGUCAAACGAGAAAUAUCCCCACCUCGCAAUCUACCGUCAUGUGCGAUUCACGUGUCAAAUCUGGUGAGACCGUUCACCCAGAAACAACUCAUGCAGUAUCUGUCACAGUUUGGUGCUGUGACUGAGGAAGGAUUUUGGAUGAACAAAAUCAAAUCUCAUUGCUACAUUAUAGUGAGUUUGAGCUACUGUAGAUGUCAUACCUUUCACAUUUUCGAGAAAUUAUGUUACGCUUUUAGAACCUCGCACUUUUCAAUUUUCUACUACAGUUUUGCUAUUGUUUUGACGCAUGUGAGAACAAUACUUCUAUGGACUCUCCCAAACACUGCAUGUAGUAACACAGAAGCAAUAACUGAAUAAGUCAUGGGACUAUAUGGAUACAACAGACUGAUAUAGCUAUCUAGUAUAAAUUUACUUAGUUUAGUUUCCUCCAGUAGUACAACUGGACCAAUAAGGAAUGUCCUUAUUGGACAUUUAGCCCCACCUACACACGUAAAAACGCACAAGUUGUAAGAAACCUGCAGCAGACUUGUAGCAAUACUGUUCCAACAACUUGUUAACAGGAUGUGUUCGCACUGCUUGUUCCCAGCUUGUUGACAAGUUGUCAACGGCUUGUUGGCAACUUGCUACAAGGUUGUUGAGCUCAACAAAUUUGUUACAAGUUGUUCCAACAACUUGUUAUCGUCCUGCGAUUCAACAACUUGUCAACAAGUUGUGAGUGACAACCUUGUAGCAACUUGAUAGAAUAACAACAUUGUUACAACUUGUUGACAAGCUUGCUACAAGCCUGUUGCGAACACAUUUUGUUAACAAGUUGUGAGAUUUUUACGUGUGUAGUUUAGAGAGAGCAGUUUGUAACUGAUAGUACUAUCCAUGAGUAUAGAUAAAGUUAGUGUCGGUUACCUCCUGUAGCAACACUGAAACGAUACGAGACGGCUCUUACUGGACCUGUAAAGUGAGAAGGGAUUUGGUUCGUUUGCAACGGGGCUUCUAUUAACUCGAUGUAAUUGAUUUCCAUUACCUAAACGUAGGAAUUCAAGACUUGAGAGGUUUAACAAUGAAAUUAUUGUAUUUUUUAGUACCCAUCAGUAGAUGAAGCUACAAGUGCUCGACAGUCCAUACACGGUCAACGUUGGCCCGCCACCAGUCCCAAGACAUUGAGAGUCGAUUUUGCGGAUAAUGAUAAGGUAAAGGGCUAUUUGCAUUCGGUCCGGUUUUUAUAAUCAUUAUCGUCAUUCAUUGUUUAUUAUAAACGAAACUUUAAACUUUGUUUCAGAUGUUAGAGGAAACAGAUAGUGCGCUUGGGAAGAAGAUCGAGGAAAGUACGGAAGAGAAGCAAGAAAAAGUCCAGGACGGGAAAGAAAGAAGCAGAAGUAAAGAAAAAAGUAGUCGAAAACACAAGGAAAAGAAAGGUAAUACUGAAGCAUGUUAUUGAUAACAGUAUGUUACCUCGACAACUGCCACUCCAGACCUAGAAAAUAUAUUUCUCUUCCUGGCAACAAAAUCCAAAAAUAAAAAUUUCCUGUGUAUAAGUCAAAUAUAAAACUUCCUGCAUCGUAGAUUUCAGAGAAGGAUGGUGCUGCACAUGCGAUAAACUUCAAUCUCAGCCACAAGAGAAUCUCAACUAUAGUAAAAUGCUUUUAAACUUUUUAAACAAUGAGUAAAUUAUAUGGCAUUUGAGUGUAUACGAUGACAGGAAUUUCCUGCAAGAUGUAUGAAAAUUUCCUGCAAAGAUAUUUUGUUAAAAAUUUCCUGGCAGCGGUGCUGCUGGCGCUGCCGGACGUUUUCCAGCACUGUCCAGCCACUCUGUAGCUCAGGUGGUUAGAGCGCUGCAACUAAAUCGCAAGGCAACAGAUUCUAUUCCUGCCACGGGCCUGUAGUUGCAUUUUUUGCAGGUACUCCUGCAUGGUCAGGUCUCAGAAAUGUAUAAAAAUUCCAUUCAAAAUUUCCAUCUACAAAUCUCUUCUUGAAAAUUAGUGCAUGUUUUUCCAGUUGUGCUGAUAAUACUUGAACAAUAUUCAGACUAGUGAUUUUGAAUAAGUAGUAGUGUGCCGUUUUCAAAGAUUUUUCUAGUUUUAGGUCUUUAAAUUUAAUGAAACACUUCACUAAGUGGUGGAAACUCUGAUUUCAAAUUUAGUUUAAAUUUCAUUUUCAAUUAUCAAAUUCAACUUUAAUUUGAAUUUCAAGAGUUCUGUUUUAAUAUUAUGCACAAGUUUUUUCUGUAGUAACAUUGGACUAUUUUACUAAUUAUUUUACUAAUUAUUUCAGAAGAAAAGAAGAAAGAUGAACCAAGUGCAGCAAAUCUUCUGGAUAAACUGUUUCGUAAAACUACGACAGUGCCUUGUAUCUACUGGCUACCUCUCACUAACGAACAGGUUUGUAUCAAUCUUAGUCAUUGAUGCACGAAUGAUCCAGCCAGAUCUGCUAGGGGGAGGGGGGCGUACCCAUCCCAUCAAGCCUUGGUUCGGUGUGCGACCGUUGACCAAGUGCAUAACCACUAGGAGCUACACCCAGCAGUGUUCUGAGCAAGGGCGAAACCUGGUGGUAAGGGUGCCUUUCCAAAUAGAAAAUGGAUUUGACAAAAGAAUUAUGCAUUCCCUUUUCCAAGGCUACGUGGUGGCAAUAGAAGAUUCGGUUAGGCGGAAUGCCGGUGGCGUAGUCGUCAACGCGAGCGCCUUUCGUGGGUUCGAUCCCCUGUACGGACUCAUGUGAAAAGAGUCGGUCAACGCUCUGCCGAAAGUCGUGGGUUUUCUCCGGGUGCUCUCACUGCUCUGGUUUCCAACCACAGAGAAAGUUGACAGGGUGGACUAGGAUAAACACAUUUAAAUAAGUAUAAAAACAGGGCUGCAAAUUACUGUCGGACAUCGGACAAUGUCCGACUAAAUUUGGCAAAUGUCCGAGCAAAAGUAAUUUUGAUCACAAAAAAAUCACAAAGUCCGAUCACAAAAAAAUUGUCACAUUAUACAUUUUUUUGCUGUGAUAAAAUCCGAUUGUAAAUUCACUCAAUUGUAAUUUUGCAAUAAAAUUUACGAGGCCUUCUAGCAUUUAAUCUUACUUAACGUUGCGCUGGAAUGGCAUACAUACAUGUAUAGGCUACUUGUCUUGUGACUUAUAUAUAUCUUGUGACGAAUAUAUGUCCGACCAAAUUUAGUGAUGUUGGUUUUUGUCCGACCAAAUUCAAGUUAUGUCCGACCAAAAUUAAAAGUGAUCGGACAAAUGUCUUGUCAAGUCAAAUAUUUAUUUGCAGCCCUGAGAAAUGUUAAUCGUAAGAUGAAAUUGGGAAAUCAUAACCAACGCCUAGUCCCGGCAAAAUGAGCCUGGCAGAAACAUGGGCUGGCUUUAAAAUGCGCAAACUGAAACAGGAUUAAACUGGAUUAUUUUAGAUUGUGAUGAAGGAGAAAGAACGCGAAGAAAGACGCAAACUGCGGGAGCUUGCCAUGCAACAAGAAGACAAGCAGGGCGAACAAAAACCUCGGGAUGCGGCAAGAAAACCACAAGACAGAGGGAAACCGCAAGACAGGGAGAAGCCGCGGGAAACUGAACGACCGAAAGUGCGGGAAAUGCCACGUGACCAAGAACGCAGACCGCUACGUGAUAAUCGGGGAAGUUCGCCGCCACUUCGACAACGCCCGGAUAGACGGCCGUCGCCCGCAAAGAGACGAAGUAGAAGUCCCGCUUUCCGACGCGCGCCAAACCGUAGGAGAUAAAGAACUUUUCAAGUCUCAAGAAAAAUUCCUCAUGAAGGUAUUUAAAACAUUCCGCACCAUCCAAGUCCAAUGAUUUUUGGAUUUUUUUAUGCCGAUAUACAAUUUCAUUUCUUAUUUUAUUUUAAAGUUACAUAGUUUUAUCAAAGAUAAAAUGCUUAUCUUCUCGCGAUAGUACUUGCCAACUGACGUCCGUUGAAAUACAUUCCGCAACUUGUUUUGCUCGCCAGCGCUUCGUCUUGCAUUACGCAUCUGGCUUGAAACUACUAUUUCUAUCAAAGUUCGCAUAUAGAAGAAAUUCUGCAUUUUAAGAGUAAUACGCACAAGCAGAGCUUUCGACAGAUUUCCAUUGCUUCUUCGUUGAAAAUAAUGUCUAACCAUGACUGUAUGGUUGUACAAGAAUUAUACAAGAAUAGUAGAAUAUAGUUUAUCUUCCCAAUUUAAAAUUAUUUAAUUCUGUUCAAUUUUCUAUAAAAUGUAGCAAGAAUUCUGUAAUAAAGGCAGAUUUACACCACAAAACGUUUGUCUAAAACUGUCGCAUGCAACCUGCUUACAACUUGAGUUGUAUUGUGUAAAUCAAACACACAACUCACCCACGACAAUAUGGUUAGCACUUUUUUCCAUCCAGCAAACCGCCCUAUCGAUUUUGUAAAGUCGUUUCUUUUUGGAUUUUUUUAUUAAUUCGGUUAGGGUUAGGGUUGGGGUUAGGGGUUAGAGUAGGGGUAGGGUUUGUUACAUAGCCAUUUAACACCUCUUCUAUCUUGCGAAAAUGACGUCAGGUCAGUUUGCUGGAUGGAAAUAGUGCUAACCCCCUACAACGUGGGUGAGUUGUGUGCUUGAUUUACACAGUAUACUACUCAAGUUGUAAGCACGUUGCAUGCGACAGUUUUAGGCAAAAGUUGUAUAAUUUAUAGACGGACUGAAAUUCGCGCUCUUCGUUGGAAUGGUUUUGCAAAUUUGAUUCUAGCAUCAAAGUAUAGUAACUCUGUCCAGAGAAUAACUUUUGAACUUUUUAAAAGAUAUGUAAACAUAAAAAUUAAUUCAUAUUUAAUUAAACUUUCUUCUUUAUGUCUAUGGCGGUAUUACAGAGUAGAAGUAUUUUUAAUGUUCGGAAGAGAAGAUGGCGUUAAUGAACUAUCGAUUUUAUUAAGGACGGAUAAAUGUUUGAAACGGGAUAAAAUGGUGGCUCUUGGCAGUGUUUGCAAGGUAGAAAAGCAGCGAUACGGUAGUCAUCGUCGCUAAUUUUAUCAUUUUAAUGCAUAUUUUGACAGCACUUGGUGGAUCCAGCAAGGGUUUUUUUAGGGGGUGCAGGGCGAGCCGCUAUGCACAUCGAACCAGCACUGGCCAGUAGUAUACUGUCACGAAACUGCACCUUAUAGUUUCCUGGUUACAAUUUACAGAUUUAAUUUAAUCAUAUAAAAUAUAAAUCCCAGAGACCUCAACUGUCAACAUUGCACAAAUGAAUUAUUAAUUAAUCAAAAACGAAAUUAUUAAUAUUGGGUAUUUUUAGCUAGUGCUGCCUUGAAUUCCAAAACGUUGGUGUAAGACUGAUAACAAACUUUCAAUACCUCAAAUAUUUUAAAAUGAUAAAUUUAAAUUUUUUCACCCUUUUUCAACAGGUGCACACCCCUGUUCACCUUCAUAUAAAUCCACCACUGUAUUUUGAUUUAUGAAAUUGUAUUUCUGUUGCUGCUACUCAAAUAAUCACAGUGCCAAUGUGUGUUGACUUUUGGGGGAAAUCAAACGUAUAUCUACUGGGGGCACUGAAGUGAACAGAAAGAAUCGUACACAAUAUGUAGAUUAAAGAUCCGGUACAGUCCGUAUGUAAACAAAGGCUUUGUUUACAUUUCGGUAUCCAAAAUAUAGAAUUUUAUUCGACAACUAUUUCUAUUUUCAUGAUUCUAGAGUAUAAUAAAUCAAGACAC